AUGUUCGUCACCUUCGACCCGUCGCUCUCGGCCAUAGACCGCCAGAUAUCGCUAGCCGACGGUAACAAACGCACCCGGCUGAAAACUGGUUGCACCACCUGUCGCCGACGGAAAAAGAAGUGCGACGAGACCCGUCCACGCUGCAAUUAUUGUGAGGCACGGGGCCUUGCGUGUGAGUGGGGGAUCAAGCGGGUAAGCUUCGAAUCGUUGGAAAACCGGGUUCACAAAGCGAAGCCGGCGAGGAAUCGAACCUCCAUAUCCCCAGAUAAAUGCCCCACGCCAAUUGCCAUUGAUUCUCAUGGUGAAUCUCACUUUGAAACCUUGAUCACCCCCGAACCCAUACUUGGGGUGGAGCCGAUGUCCGUGACCGAUACAAACCCGACAAUUGAGGUGAGUAAUUCUCCAGCUUCAUCGCAUUUAAUUGAUCAAUUAACCGAUCAACCUCUUGAGUUGAGUACAUCGUUGACGCAAAUCCAACCUCAUGAAUACCCGGAAUUUGAUUUCAGCUUUCUCAUUGAGCCACUGCUGGUCGCAAACUUAUACUUAGAUGAUGCUGGCAUCAACUAUCUUCAUUACUUUGAACACGAAGUGGCUCCCCUUCUUUCGGUGCUGCCAUCAAGUUCAAAUUACUUUCUCAAAACAUUUUUUGCCGCUGCCCACGAUCAUGAGCUGAUUUCGCAAGCAAUAGCUGCGUGGGGAGCAUUAUUCCGUGAUCAUGACAUCGAUAUCGUCAACGAAUACCUCGGGAAAGCCCGAAAUCUGUUGGUUCGCGCGAAUAAAUCUAGUGCUGACGCUGAUCUGGCCCUGUUAUUCGUGCAAUUUGCAUUCUACCUCAUUAGUUUGGGAAUCCAGGUAUGCCUGGGCGAUGUCCACAAUUGGUAUGGCUUAUUCAACAAGUGUGUGGGCAUUCUCAAAAAAGUUGGCGGCGUGAAUAAGUUUUUGGAGCGAUACCAAUACUCUAACGAUGCCAAGUUUCUUGUGGCAAAUUUCCAAUGCCAUGAUAUAAUGCUGCUGACUGGCGCUACCGUGUGUAGUAUCAACAGCUACCUGGAUGUCGUACGAAUUUUGGAAUACUCUGAAGAUUAUGGUGUUGAUCCCUUUCAAGGGUGUACUCAACCUUUGGGAUUACUAUUGGGAGAGAUGACAAAUAUUUACCAAAACUUCCGCUCUACACGAGAUGAACUUGAACUUCGCAUGGCUCGUGUGGAUGUCGACAAUAGCGAUCUUUCAUUCGCUCGUCUUCAGUAUUAUAUGGAAAUCGAAAAGCAAUACAAUUCACUAUUGAUUCGAGUGUCCAAUGCCAAGCCUCUCAAUAACUUGGGCCAUAUUGAUUCCCCGCUGGAACGAAGCGCCCAUAUGAAGCUUUUCGAGGUGUUCCGCAAUACUUGCAAGCUCUUUCUUCUUUUGUACUUCAAGCAAAUGGCACCAUCGGCAAUUGAUAUCCAGCAGAUUCUUUUGAGUCAACUUCAGUUAAUGGAGGGCUUGGCGGUGAUGCCUCGUCUUGUGCUGUGUCUCAAUAUGGCUAUCAUAAUCAGCGGGGUCGCAGCUCUGACCGAGUAUGACCGAGAUCGUAUUCAACGUCUUGUAGACACGGUCUACGAGAAUUACUCUGUGGGUAACGUUCGCCGUAUUCGGGAAUUAUUACGGAUUAUCUGGCGUCGCAAUCCGCAAGGUAACAUUGUUGUGGAUUGGAUGGAGUUAUGCAACGAGUUGGGUUGGAACUUGAGCGUAUGUUAA